CAUGGUAAAGCUGAGCUGAGAUGCCCUGAGUGUAAUGAUCUUUGGUCUUACACUGAAGUCCAUAAAUUAGCCAAACUCACACCUGAAGAACAACAAUUCUUUGAAGAGACUCUUGCCAAAAAUGCUGCUAAAAAGAUAGCAGACAUCAAGAAUUGUCCUGGUUGUGACUGGUUGAUCAAGAGAUCAGACCUGUUUAAUCUCUGUGUGCAGUGUACCAUUUGCUCUAAAAAUAAGGGUAAAACUUUUCAGUUCUGCUGGCAGUGUUUGAGAGAAUGGAAAGGAUCACAUGCUCGAUCUGAUCGAUGUGACAAUGAAGGCUGCAGCAAUAAAGAGCUGGAUUUGCUGAGAGAUUGUGCAACUAUUAUUUUAAAAGAUGCAUCAAAUAUUGAAUGUCCAGCUGUUCGUGCCUGUAUAACAUGUGGUUUGCUGAUUAACCACAGCACAAUAUUCUGCAAAUCUGUUACAUGCUCAAGGUGUAAAACAGUGUUUUGUUUUGUCUGUUUGAAGCUCAAAUCUGAAUGUGGGAAGACAAAGGGUUACUAUGAACCCUGUUCAGAUGGUCUGGCUCUACGACAGACUUCAAUGACAUCCCAGCUAACAAAAAAACAUCUCUAGGACGUCCUCUAAUUGACCUUUGCAAAUGCCACUUG